UGCCGUCGGGCAGAGGGUUCGCAGCCCCGGCGGCCGCGGGAUGGAGCUCGGCGCGGCGCGGCUGCUGGCGGUCCUGCUGUGCCUGGCUCCCGGUUUAUUUAUUUCUCUGGAUCAGCCAACCCUUAGCAUCCAAAAAGAUGUCCUCACAAUAAUGGCAAACAACACACUAAAUAUUACUUGCAGCGGUCAGAGACCACUGGAGUGGUCGUGGCCAAGCAAGCAGAGCAAUGCUGGGAGGCGUAUCUCCGUGACAGACUGCAGUGAUGGCCCCUACUGCAAGACACUUACUCUGAGCAAAGUUAUUGGCAAUGACACAGGGGACUAUAAGUGCCUUUACAGGGACAACCAGGCAGCUACAACCAUUUAUGUCUAUGUUCAAGAUUACAGAUCACCGUUUGUGACUUCAGUUGGUGAUCAGCUUGGCAUUGUAUACAUCACUAAGAAUAAAACCGUAGUAGUGCCGUGCCUUGGAACUGUAUCAAAUCUCAAUGUAUCUCUACAUGCGAAAUAUCCAGAAAAGAUAUUUGUGCCUGAUGGUAAAUCCAUUUCUUGGAAUAAUAAAAAAGGCUUCACUAUACCCAGUCAUUUAAUCAACUAUGCAGGCAUGGUCUUCUGCGAAGCUAAAAUAGAUGAUGAAAGCUACCAGUCUGUGAUAUACAUAGUUGCAGUUGUAGGGUACCGAAUUUAUGACCUGACAAUGAACCCACAUGACGAAGUAGAGCUGGCAGUGGGAGAAAAACUUGUUCUCAAUUGCACUGUAAGGACAGAGCUGAAUGUGGGAAUUGAUUUUAAAUGGGACUAUCCCUCCAUCAAGGAAAAACGUGCCACUAUUAGGGAUGUAAAAACCACUGCAGGAGAAAUAAAGAAGUUUGUGAGCACCCUGACCAUUGACAGUGUGUCCUUAAGCGACAAAGGUCGAUAUACUUGUGCAGCAUCCAGUGGCCGUAUGAACAUGAAAAACAGCAGUUACUUUGUUAUCCAUGAAAGUCCUUUUAUUCACCUGGAAAAAAUGGAGAAUGUUGUUGAGACAAGGCUAGGUGACACAGUCAGAAUUCCUGUUAAGUUUAAAGGAUAUCCUCCACCAGAGGCUAAAUGGUAUAAAAAUGGAAAAGCCAUCAAUGCAAAUCAUACAGUUAAACUUGGCUACACACUGGUGAUCACUGAAGCAACUGAAAAGGAUGCAGGGAAUUACACGGUUGUCCUUACAAACCCCAUUAACAAGAUACAGAAAAGACAUACAUUUACCCUGCUGGUAAAUGUGCCCCCCCAGAUCGGCGAGAACGCACUGAUGGCCCCAGUGGACUCGUACAAGUACGGCUCGACACAGGCGCUCACCUGCACCGUCUACGCCGUGCCGCCGCCCAGCACCGUGCUCUGGCAAUGGCAGCUGGAGGAGGAGUGCACCUUCAGCCCCCAGAAAGUUCGCUCAGGAGCCAAUCCAUAUGCGUGCAAGAAAUGGAAAAUGAUCUCAGAGAGAAAGGGUGGGAAUCAGGUUGAAAUUAAGCACCGGGUUGUUACUAUUGCUGGGAAAACAAAGACUGUGAGCACCCUCGUGAUUCAAGCAGCAAAUGUGUCUGCUUUGUACAGAUGUACGGCCAUGAACAGGGCUGGGUCAAGUGAGAGAGUGAUCUCCUUCCAUGUGACCAGGGGUCUUGAAAUUAAUCUCCAGCCUCAGAGUCAACUGACAGAGAAGGAUAACAUGUCCUUGCGUUGCACAGCAGACAAAUUCACCUUUGAGAAGCUGUCAUGGUACAAACUCAGUGCUCACGUUUCACAGACUCCCUUUGGAGGGUUGCCCAUGCCUGUUUGCAAGAACCUCAAUGCUCUCCAGAAGCUGAACGAGACAGUUUCAAACACCAAUGGUGAAAACGUCACCUUGGAGCUUAUCCUUCGUAACAUCUCCCUCCAAGAUGGAGGGGACUAUGUCUGCAUUGCUCAGGACAAAAAGGCUAAAACACAGCACUGCCUGGUGAAGCACCUCACUGUCCAAGAGCCCAUGGCACCCACACUUGUUGGAAAUCUCGAAAAUCAAACAACAAAUAUUGGUGAAACUAUAGAAGUGUCAUGUACAGUGAAUGGCAUUCCUCCUCCAAACAUCAUGUGGUUUAAAAAUAAUGAGACGCUUGUGGAAGAUUCAGGUAUUGUUUUGAAAGACAGGAACAAAACACUAACCAUCCGUCGAGUGAGAAAAGAAGAUGGAGGGCUGUACACCUGCCUUGCAUGCAAUGUCCUUGGAUGCAGCAAAGCAGUGGCUUUCUUUUCAGUAGAAGGCGCUGAAGAGAAAACAAAUCUGGAGCUCAUUAUCCUCGUUGGCACUGCAGUGAUUGCCAUGUUCUUCUGGUUGCUUCUUGUAAUCAUCCUCCGGACCGUUAAGCGGGCCAAUGGAGGGGACAUGAAGACUGGCUACUUGUCAAUCAUCAUGGAUCCUGAUGAAGUCCCUAUAGAUGAGCACUGUGAGCGGCUCCCAUAUGAUGCCAGCAAGUGGGAGUUUCCCAGAGACCGGCUAAAGCUAGGUAAACCUCUUGGACGUGGAGCUUUUGGCCAGGUCAUAGAAGCAGAUGCGUUUGGGAUUGACAAAACUGCUACCUGCAAAACAGUGGCAGUGAAAAUGCUUAAAGAAGGGGCAACACAUAGUGAGCACAGAGCACUUAUGUCAGAGCUGAAGAUACUCAUUCACAUUGGCCAUCAUCUCAAUGUUGUCAAUUUACUUGGAGCCUGCACAAAACCAGGAGGCCCACUUAUGGUGAUUGUGGAAUAUUGCAAGUUUGGAAAUCUGUCGGCUUACCUACGGAGCAAGAGGAGUGAAUUUGUCCCGUACAAGACCAAAUGUGCCAGAUUUCGGCAGGGGAAAGAGAACUACGUUGGUGAUGUCUCUUCUGACCUGAAGCAGCGGCUGGACAGCAUCACGAGCAGCCAGAGCUCAGCAAGCUCUGGCUUUGUGGAGGAGCGGUCCCUGAGCGACGUGGAAGAGGAGGAUGCUGGUCCUGAAGACCUUUGCAAGAACCCUUUGACCAUGGAGGACCUCAUCUGUUAUAGCUUCCAGGUGGCGAGGGGAAUGGAGUUCUUGGCUUCACGCAAAUGCAUCCACAGGGACCUGGCUGCUCGUAAUAUCCUCUUGUCAGACAAUAACGUGGUCAAAAUCUGUGAUUUUGGCUUGGCUCGAGACAUCUACAAAGACCCAGAUUACGUCAGGAAAGGAGAUGCCAGACUACCCCUAAAAUGGAUGGCACCAGAAACCAUUUUUGAUAGAGUAUAUACCAUUCAGAGUGAUGUAUGGUCCUUUGGAGUGCUGCUAUGGGAAAUAUUUUCUUUAGGCGCAUCACCAUACCCUGGAGUGAAAAUUGAUGAGGAAUUUUGCAGAAGACUGAAAGAAGGAACAAGAAUGAGAGCACCAGACUAUACAACACCAGAAAUGUACCAAACAAUGUUGGAUUGCUGGCAUGGAGAUCCUAAGCAGAGACCAACAUUUUCAGAGCUGGUGGAGCACCUGGGGAACUUACUGCAAGCCAACGUCCGUCAGGAUGGUAAAGACUACGUUGUCCUUCCUUUGUCAGUAUCAUUGAAUAUGGAAGAGGAUUCAGGUCUCUCUCUCCCAACUUCACCUGCUUCCUGUAGGGAGGAAGAGGAAGUCUGUGAUCCUAAAUUCCAUUAUGACAACACAGCAGGAAUUAGUCAGUACCGACAAGGUAGCAAGAGAAAAAGCCGCCCCGCGAGUGUGAAAACAUUUGAAGAUGUCCCAUUGGUAACCACUGUAAAAGUUGUUCAGGAGGAAAACCAGACAGAUAGUGGGAUGGUUCUUGCAUCUGAAGAGCUGAAGGCACUGGAAGAGAAUGAGAAACAAGUGAAAAUACCCUUUAGCACCCUGGUGCCCAGCAAGAGCAACGAAUCCGUCAUGUCCGAGGCCUCCAACCAGACGAGCGGGUACCAGUCAGGAUACCACUCUGAUGACAUGGACACCACCGUGUACUCCAGCGAGGAAACGGAACUCUUGUGUGCGCAGGAGGCUUCGCCCGCGCUCUGCCGCGCGCACGGGCUCCCCUUCGAGAGCCCCGCGCCACUCUAGGGGGGAGCCGCCAGCUCCAGCUCCCCCUGGGAUGUGCCUUCAUUGCCUGGGCUGGUGGGAUUCAGGUUUUUGAUGUAUUGAAAGACGGCAUCCACGGGACUGAGAACAGACAUUUAUUUUUCCUGAAGAUGAUGCGGAAGCAUCUGGCAGCAAAACUGUGCUGUGCCAGGCUGGACUUCAUUCCUCAGAUGCUGGUGGCUGAAGGUGCAAAGUGCUGGCCGUGGUGUGUGGGUUGUGCCAACCCCGUGGCAGAGGCUGAGCCUGGUGAUGUUGAACAUCUGCCUGAUGCAGGCAACAUCAUGGCAUUCCACUAAACUGUUUCUACUUGUACGAAAUAAUGGCACAUCCCUGCUUUUUGUGGGGUUUUUUUUGUUUGUUUUUCCCCUUGUGGCUGGACUCCAGGAAGGAAACAGCAUGACACUGGCUUCUUGUUUCUCAGAGUUUUUCCUUGCUUGUACCUUCACAAACAAAAAGAGGAACCUCCAGCUCAAGGCUCUGGCACUCUGAUGGCCUGAGACUAAACAUAGGCUGGGCUAAAUAUAGGUGUGGGUGAUGGUCUCUGUCCUUGGCAGAGGAAAAAGGCUGCUGUAAAAGUUCUCAUGAGUUGCAUUUUCUCAGUGAAGUUAGUAGGGAGAAGGCAGAGCAUUGAACCAAGUGAUGGGACUCAAAUAGCAGGGCCAUGCCUGACCUCCGAGGAUGGCUCUGCUCCCCUUACAUCCCCAGCACCCUCACUCAUGCCAGAUGCCUACCUGCCUCUGAGCUGCCUGAAACUGCUGCAGAAAAUACUCCCCUCCCCCCAGAUCACCACUUAGGCAGCCUCUGCAACAGGUAGAAAGAGCAAUGCCAUUUACUCAAGGACCACAGGAAGCACUGUGGUUCUGGUGGGGCAUCCUAAGGGCACCCUGCCUUCUCAUCUCAUUCCCCCUCCCUCAGGUUAGGUCUGACUCUUUCCCUUUGAAAACUCAAAGUCUGUUUGGAGUGGCAGAGAUCUCAGUUUAUGUAGCCUUGGGAAUCCGUGACUGGUUUCAUGGCAGCUCCGAUCUUCUCUGAGUGAUGAAAUUGUGCCUAAUUGUUGGACAACUUCUUACCUGUGCUCUUGUAGUCCCAGAACUCUAUUGAUAGACACAUUGAGGACUACAAGAUUUUAAAAUGUAAAGCUAUUUCUACUGAGUUCAUUUUGUAUUUUUAUAAGUAUUUUUUUGUUUGUACUUACUAUAAUGUCAAAUGCUGGGAACCAUGAAUAUAAGGCAUAUACAGUAUUUAUAGCCUCUUUAUGUAGAAAUAAAUGUAAUAUAUUAAAUAUAAAUAUAUAUUAUAUGACAGAUAUUUUACUAUUCACAUUUUGUAUCGGUUUUCUGCAGCAUUGCAAAGGUGAUAGCAUUUUUUAAUAGCUACAACUUUUCACUUUAUUAAAAGGGACUGGAAAUUUAGACCUGGGGGCUACAAGUAAGUUUGUUUUCUUUUGUUAUAGCCUUUCUGUUGACAGGGAAGAUUCUAAAGUACUACUUGUUUCAAGUCUACAAACAUGUAGUCGGCAUGUGUAGUAAAGAAACUUCAGUGAUUUUUAGCAGUUGGCAAUAAAUACGUUUAGAGAAAUGGCCAGAGGAAGAGACUGCUUGUACAAGCUGAAUCUCCUCUGAAAGAGUUUAUUAUGUUCAUUUGGGGAUGGUUGAUCUAAUUGUAUUGUGGCUUUUGCCUGGGGAGUGGCAUUUUCCCUUAAAGCCUCAUUCAUCCUUUCCCAAU